AUGACUCCACCGCCCUCGCUACCUCGAAACCUGGACCUCGAGCGUGACGUCAUCACCGCCCUCAAGCGCGACGGUGCCCUCGACGCGUUGCGCGCGAAGACGAUCGAACAGAUCGCGAACGACGAACGGAUGAAGACGUUCACCGAGUUCGCCGUCAGAGGUUCUUCAACUUUACGAAGCGAACGCGCGAGAGCGGCGUCGAGGAACGAGCUCAUCGAGGCGCUCUAUCGCGAGUGCGAGGGAAGCGUUUUGGAGGAGGCGCGGACGCGGACGUGGGAGGCGUUGACGACGACGGCGGAGGGCGUCGGGAGAGAGGCGUACGAGCGGGCGUUCGAGCGAGCGGCAAAGGAGCGCGAGCGCGGAGGAUCGUAG